AUGUCUUGUGCCAAUCGUGACUGCUAUUUGUUGGUACUCACUCCCAGUUGGUCAUCUUUCAGUCGAACGUCUGCCAAGUCCGCGUUACAUCUGCUACUCUAUCAGACUCUCUCAGUCAUAUUUCUACUCAUGGAUUAUGAAUCUGACGCAAAAAUUGCUUCUGUUAAUGGUGAUGAGGAAUUCGUAGUCCCUCAUAUGGAUAUCGCCUGUUUGCAAAAUUCUUUGGCUUACCAGAAGGUGCUAGAGGAACCAUGGACUUAUCUUCACAACUGGAACACGCUGGCACCUUCGGUUCAACAGCAACUGGCUCGAAGCUUCCUCAACACACUCGCCCAAGUGAAAGGCGAGAUGGCCAUUACACAGGGCGUUUUCGAUCCCUACAUCGUCAAUGAGCAAUCGCCAUUCCCUACGGAGAGUUCACAAUUGGAUAACGGACGAAGCACACAGGUCCCGUCGACCUCCACGGAAUAAUACGCGGUCCUCCUCCAGCGCUCCUCGCCGUCUGUGAUUCAUUGAACUCGUACUCCGUCAUUCUCUCUUCAUCUUACAAACACAGUAACCGUCCCACCGCUUUUGAACUUCUUUCUUGGCGUAUCAUAUUCAUUUUAAAGCCUCUGUUGCAAUAAAUGUUGGAUACCCGC